AUGAGCGCCAACGAAGCUAUGUCCAAGCGGUCGUUGCUCGCCGUGAUCGCCGACGAGGACUCGGUCACGGGGUUGCUUUUGGCCGGCGUGGGCCAGGUAUCCAAUGAGCCCGGCAAGGAGUCCAAUUUCCUCACGGUGGUGCCAGGGAAAACGUCUGUGGAGCAGGUGGAGGAGGCCUUUGACAGGUUUACCUCGGAGCGGGACGACAUUGCCAUUCUUUUGAUCAACCAGCAUAUUGCCGACUUGAUACGGUUCCGGGUGGACAGCUACACGAAUGCGUUCCCUGCUAUUCUAGAGAUUCCUUCCAAGGACCACCCAUACGACCCGGAGAAGGACUCUAUUUUGAAGAAGGUCAGGCGGUUGUUCGGCGAGUGA